AUGUUGAGUAAGAUUAAAGUUGGAAGGCCAAAGAAAUAAUUAAUUGAAAUGUAAGGUGGCAUUGCAAAUUAUGGUUAUUUGUUUAAUGAUCAUGAUUGUGUUAAGCUUUUGAAAUUAUUAUCAAUUCAAGGCAAUUACAAAUUUAGAAUUUUAACAGGGCCGCGAAAUAAGAUAAAGCCAAUUGUAUAAUAAAAUGAUGAAGUUGAGGAAUCUAAUGACUUGAUUAAUCCAAAAUACUUUUUUUUAACAACAGAAAAGAGGAAAUAUUCAAUUGAAAAUGAACAAAUAGUGGAUAAUAAUUAGUACCUGUUUAUUAAUUCAAAUUAAUUCUCCCCUAAAUUCGAACUUUUAAUUAAUAAGCUCAAUGUCCUAUUAAAAGAAUUGGAUAAUAAUUUUAUAUAUCUUUUAUUAGAUAUAUUAAUACUGUAUACAGAGUGUUUUGAUUAUAAUUUACAGGUUAAUACAUAAGUAGAAUAUAUAAUUCAACAAUUAGAAUCCCCAAAAUAUUCUAAGAAUUUCUAAUAUUUAUUGAAUUGGUAAAUUUAAACAAAUAAAACUAAAGAAGUCAGAUACAAAGUUUUUUUGGAGUUUCUACAAUAAAAAGAAAGGCUAAUAAAUAACAAGAGAUCAAAAAAAGUAAUUGAAAAACAUAGAAAAUUUAUCUAAAAGCAAAAUAAUUAAAUGUUAGAAAUUAUGUCUAUGGAACCCAUUAACUAUCUAAUAUCCAAGUUAGUCAAGAGAUUUAAUAAAAUAAUGAGAACCAAUUGA